AUUUAAAGCAGGUAACUUCACGAUUCAUGGUUAAUCAAGAAUCAACUGUUAUCCAGUGUUUACCUUUACUCGUGAUCCAUUAACCCUCAGUUAACAGUUAACAAGUCAACCUUUAACACUUGACCAACUCUUAACCUUUUCACUGUUCAUCGUGACUACCUGUUGUUGCAGUUACUCUCAACUUUUACCUUCAACUUUUGGUCAAACUUUUUUGUUUCACUUUUCGAUCAACACUUUGCUCAUUGGUUUGUCAAAGGCUACUUCACUUGGAAAAAUGUUUCAAGAUUAUUCAGCUUCAAAUGAAUCAAAUGAAUCACCAAAUCAGGUUCUUGUUCGUGCAGAUCCAUAUCUUUGGGAUUACGUUGACAUAAACAAAUGGCUGGAUUGGAUUGAAAAGGAGUUUAUCCUUCCUCCGAUUGUAAAUAAAUCAUACUUUCCUGACAAUGGAGCUCAAUUGUGUUCAAUGAAUUAUUAUGAUUUUGCCAACAUAGUCAUUGACAAGGAAUCAACCAAAAUUUUGUUUGACAAUUUAAAUCAUCUUAAAAGAGCCUGUGGACAUCAAGUCGAUGAAGAUGAAGACGACAUAAUUGAUUGGCUUUUUUCCGAUGAUAGCUCAGAUGGUAAUACUUAUACGGACUCUUCAAGGAAAACCAAUUGGCCUUCACCGUUGAAUGUACAAUCACUCAACUCGAGUCCCAGUUUCAGCGAAGCCCAAAACAGUCCAACAUCUGGUUUCAAUCAUGUUCUUGUUAAUGGCAACUCUGGAGGAAUCACAAAGCUAAAUGGCAACACUUCACCUUCAACUGAUCCAAAGACAGUUUCAUCUCAAGACUCUUACAAUAUACUAUCAACAGCCAGCACCAGAUUUGCAUCACAAGGAAGUGGACAAAUUCAGCUUUGGCAAUUCUUGUUGGAGCUUUUAUCAGACAGCAACAAUUCAAAUUGCAUUGCUUGGGAAGGUACGAAUGGCGAGUUCAAAUUGACUGAUCCUGAUGAAGUGGCUCGACGCUGGGGUGAACGGAAAAGCAAGCCCAACAUGAAUUACGAUAAGUUGAGUCGCGCCUUGCGCUAUUAUUAUGAUAAAAACAUAAUGACCAAAGUUCAUGGUAAAAGGUAUGCCUACAAGUUUGACUUUCACGGUUUAGCUCAAGCUUGCCAACCCAAUCCAACAGACAGUUCAUCAGCUAGUUAUAAAUAUCAGUCUGAACUGUUGUUAAGUCCAACUGCAGCUUAUCACGCUCAUGCAACCAAACUCAACUCGUAUCUUGCUGUUGGUGCAGCGGCUCGCACUGGAACGAUCAACCAACACCACCAAAAUCAUCAUCAUCACACUUCACUCUUUACAAGUCCUCCUUAUUGGUCGGCAGCAGCAGCAACCAACACUUGUAAUCCAUUGUAUUCAGCAUCCAUUAGCCAUCAUCCACAUCACCCUCACCAUCCUCACCACCACCACCACCAUCAUCAUCACCAUAGAGCCAACUCAUUAGGAUCUUAUUAUGCUUAAUUUACAUUAAUUUUUCUUCUUCAUCGCUUCUUUUGUUUCAUCUUUUCACGAAUUUCGUCUUAUUGAUAAUCUUUAUCCCGGUCAAUCUUUGGAUGGUUUAAUCUUUAAUCCAAUCCUUUGCAUCUUUCCUUGAUCUUUAUCUUUGUCUUUACGGGUCGGGAUAACUGCAAUUUAUUUCAUGGUUAAUCUUUAUUUUCAUCUUUCCUUUGAUUCCAUUUUAUUUUCCAUUCAUAGUGUUUUUUAUAUUUGUAAAAAAGUAAUAUUGACUGUUAUCAACGACAAGAUUCAAUUUGAAAUCGACUAAUCAGCAAUUACAAUUCAGUCAGAUUAAAUCCAUGGUUAACUUUUUUCUCUUGAUCCUUAUUGAAAAUUAAACAAUUAAAAUAUAAAUUGAAAAAAUUAUGUUAAUCAACAUUUAUUUGCAUAGGUUCCAAACCUUAGGUCUAGGUGUCAA